AUGGUCCCGCCGCCCCCCACCAACAAGCCCCACGUGUGUCUCUCCACCAUCCUGAUCAUGAGCAGCAUGGCCCUGAUCGACGCCUACCUGGUAGAGCAGAACCACGGGCCGCGCAAGAUCGGCAUCUGCAUCAUGGUGAUCGUGGGGGACAUCUGCUUCCUGAUCGUGCUGCGCUACGUGGCCGUGUGGGUGGGCGCCGAGGUGCGCACCGCCAAGCGCGGCUACGCCAUGGUGCUCUGGUUCCUCUACAUCUUCGUGCUGGAGAUCAAGGUGUACUUUGUGUACCAGAACUACAAGGCGGACCGGAAGAGCCUGGACGCGCUGGCCCGGAAGGCGCUGACCCUUCUGCUCUCCAUCUGCAUCCCCGUGCUGUUCGUGGUGCUGGUGGCCAUCGACCACAUGGAGUACGUGCGCAACUUCAAGAAGAGGGAGGAGAUCCGCAACCGCCUGUUCUGGGUGGUGGUGGACCUGCUGGACAUCCUGGACAUCCAGGCCAACCUGUGGGAGCCCCAGAAGAAGGGCCUGCCGCUGUGGGCCGAGGGCCUGAUGUUCUUCUACUGCUACAUCCUGCUGCUGGUGCUGCCCUGCGUGUCCCUGAGCGAGAUCAGCAUGCAGGGCAUCAACAUCGUGCCGCACAAGAUGCUGCUGUACCCCAUCCUGAGCCUGGUCACCAUCAACGUCAUCACGCUGUUCAUCCGCGGCGGGAACAUGCUGCUGUACCGGGACGCCCGCGUCUCAGGUAUCCUGAUCGGGAAGAACGUGCUGGCCAUCAUACUGAAGACCUGCAGCUUCGUGCAGUACCGGCGGCAGAUGCUCAGCGCGCCCCCGGCCUUCGGGGUGGAGCUGCAGAAGAACUCGGCGGCCGCCGCCCACCACCAGCACCACCACGCCGCCCGCCACCCGUCCCCGUCCCUGCCCCAGGUGGUGAUGCAGGACCAGACGCCUCUGCCCGAGGUGACCACCACGUGUGAGCACACAUGACGGCGGGGUGCGGCGCCGGGCGACGAGGCGACGUCUGAUUGGACGCGCGGCGGCAGCAGCAGCCCCAGGGGGACGGGAGGGGCACAAGGGUUGGAGGUUGAGGGCGGGGGUGAGGUGAAGGGCGAGACGGACGUCUCCGGUACACAGUAGAGCCGGGUUCUCGGUUCAGGCUCCGUGGCACACGCACACUCGUCGUGACAUUGCAGAGCCAGGAGCAGGGACGUACCGAAACGGUGGUCAUGGUGCCGAUUACAGAAUCACUUGUGACUUUGUCGAAACAUUUACCCCCCCCAGUUAGUUGAGUUGAUGUGUAUUUUUGCUAAUUAUGGAAGAAACGACACAACAAAAAAAACACCUAAAGAGGCCACCAGGCUAGAGUCUAUUUUUCAACUGUGUGUAUUGCAUUGUAAGCCUAAACUAAAAGCGUUUGAUGUACUGUGCUUUCUUUAUGCUCAAACUUUGUCUUCAAGUAGUUGAAGGCUUUACGGUAUUAAAAUAUGAAGCAAAAAAAAACGAUUACGACAAGGUAAAAGUGACAAACAAGUAAAAAAUAUAUAAAAUGAGCUCAGAUUUCUCGUGAAGGAAAAAUGUAUUUUAUAUGUAAAUCUUUGAUAAAGUAUU